UUCAUAUUGCUCACAGUGAUUCCGUGAUUGUUUUUCCUCCCUCGCUCAUCCCGCACGGCUACACUCCACCAUUGUGUUCUCCUGAGCGCUGUGGAGUUCGGACGCUGCAGCAUCACCUGCGUCAGGGUCGGUUGGCUUUAACAGAGACUUCCCAUACCCUUUGACUGAAAGCACCUUUACACAGAACCUCACCACCUUUGGGGCUGUUUGCGUCGAUACUUUGCUCGCCUGAGUUUUGCUGCCUCAGUUUCUGAGAUGCUGAUAGCACAGUAUUGGUGAAGUCCUUCCAGACCCUGAAGAAUACAUUAACCAGAUCGGGUGGGAGCUCGGCUAACUCGAAACCAACAGAGGCUGCUCACCAUAGAAGGGGACGAAAUAGAAAGCAUGAGUUCAUGCAGCACAGAUGUUAAGGAAAAUCGGAACUUGGACAACCUCUUCUCAAAAGAGCGGGUUGCAGCUGAGGCUGCUCAACUCCCCAAUGGGAGUGCUGGGGGUGGGAGGAAACGUCCCUUAGAGGAGGGCAAUAAUGGGCAUACACAUUCCAAGUACAGGCCCAAGAAGCGUAAGAAAGUCCCUGGGCCCAUUCUACCUAAGAACGCCCUAAUGCAGCUGAAUGAGAUCAAGCCAGGGCUGCAGUACAAACUGCUCUCUCAGACUGGGCCGGUCCAUGCGCCUGUCUUUGUGAUGACUGUGGAGGUCAACGGGCAGCUCUUCGAGGGUUCGGGUUCAACCAAGAAGAAGGCCAAGCUAAAUGCAGCAGAGAAGGCCCUGCGCUCUUUCGUCCAGUUCCCCAACGCAUCUGAAGCCCACAUGGCCAUGGGCCGGACUCUGUCUGUUCACACGGACUUCACCUCAGACCAGGCUGACUUUCCGGACAUGCUCUUUAAUGCGUUUGAGACAUCCACUCCUGUAGAUGACCCAUUUUACCUUGCAUCCAACAGUAAUGGUUCCUUUAGCUCACUGGGAAUAGAGUACCCAUUGCUACCCUCCCCUGUUACAAACCUGGUCCAGCCCCCCUUACCUCCAGCCCCCUCCACCUUCACCUCCCCUACAAGUGGCAAGAAUCCUGUCAUGAUCCUCAAUGAGUUACGGCCGGGCCUCAAGUAUGACUUUGUGUCAGAGAGCGGGGAGAGCCAUGCCAAAAACUUUGUCAUGUCAGUGACGGUAGAUGCUCAGAAUUUCCAGGGUUCUGGGCGGAACAAGAAGCUGGCCAAGGCCCGGGCUGCCCAGGCUGCUCUGUCUGCUCUGUUUAACAUGCAGCUGGAUCAGGCUCCAUCAAGACAGCCUAUACCCAGAGAAGGACUGCAGCUUCACCUGCCACAGGUCCUGGCAGAUGCCGUCUCUCGUCUGGUUGUCGACAAGUUCAGCGAACUGACAGAAAACUUCACGUCUCCACAUGCUCGACGGAAAGUAUUGGCAGGUGUCGUCAUGACAACAGGUACUGAUGUGAAGGAGGCUGAGGUCAUCUGCGUAUCCACAGGGACAAAGUGCAUCAAUGGUGAAUACAUGAGUGAUAGAGGUUUGGCCCUCAAUGACUGCCAUGCUGAGAUUGUGGCUCGUCGGUCACUCAUCAGGUACCUGUACUCCCAGCUGGAGCACUUCCUCAGUAACCACGAAGAGGAGCAGCAGAAAUCUAUAUUUACCAGAUGUGACAACAGACAAGGCUUCAGACUGAAGGAAAACAUCCAGUUCCACCUGUACAUCAGUACCUCCCCCUGUGGAGACGCCCGCAUCUUCUCUCCCCAUGAAGCUGGAGUGGAGGAUCAGGGAGAUAGACACCCGAACAGAAAAGCCCGUGGACAGCUCCGCACUAAAAUUGAGUCUGGUGAAGGAACCAUCCCAGUACGCACCAGUAACACCAUUCAGACGUGGGAUGGGGUUCUUCAGGGUGAGAGGUUGCUCACCAUGUCCUGCAGUGAUAAGAUAGCCAGGUGGAAUGUGGUUGGAUUCCAAGGCUCUUUGAUGAGCUACUUCACUGAGCCCAUCUACUUCUCCAGCAUCAUUCUGGGCAGCCUGUACCACGCUGACCACCUCUCCAGAGCCAUGUACCAGAGGAUCACUGAGAUCGAGGACCUGCCGCAGUCCUUCAGCUUGAACAGACCACUGCUCAGCGGAAUAAGUAACGCAGAGGCUCGUCAGCCAGGAAAAGCACCCAACUUCAGUGUGAACUGGACGGUGGGAGACCAAGGCUUAGAGGUGAUCAAUGCCACCACGGGUAAAGAUGAUCUGGGUCGAGCCUCCAGGCUGUGUAAACACGCUCUCUACAGCCGCUGGAUGCGCCUGCACUGCAAGCUCUCCUCCACCUUGCGGAUCAGAACAGUAAGGCCCAGCAGCUACCACGAGGCCAAGCAGGCAGCGGUGGAGUACCACAGCACUAAGCAGACGCUCUUCAGAGCCUUCCACAAAGCCGGACUGGGCGCCUGGGUGAAGAAACCAAUUGAGCAGGACCAGUUUGCACUCACCACCUGAGUUAGUGCUGGGCUGGUGGGGGGGACUCCUCACUUUACUUUCUGAAACAGUUUUGGUCACUUUCAGUGGUGGAAUAAUUUCCCUCUGGAUGGUCAUGGAGUGGACUGUGUGUUACUGGGAAGAAAGAGGCACCAAAUCCAGAUGUCAGAAUCCAUGGAGUUAACAUUCCUCCUUAAUUUUGCUACUCUCAGCCAGCACUACACAUUAAAAAAAGAUUGUUAUUCAGUCAGUUAUGCAACUUUAUACAAAGGACAAAUGUAAAAAGAGACUUUGGGAAUGGAAACUUGUAAACAGCAUUGUUAGUUAAAAUGGCAGUUGUUUAUAUAAGAAUAGUGAUAUAUUCAUUUUGCAUGUAUGAUUAUACCAAAUUCAUACAGUAGGAAGUCUGCAGUAAAAGGUUUGUUAUCAUGUUCAGUAUUGUGAUCUCAGAUUAUCAGUGUUGUGAUAACUUGAGAAUGUCCUCCUGCAGUUUGUAACACUGUUUAUCUGCUCUCUUGCAGUUCUUUGACUGCAAAUUUGAGGUCACAAGGAUAUUUUCUUUUAUUUUAAGGUAAAAUGUCUAAAAUGACAGAAAAGACUUAAGUAUGACAUUAGAAGAUAGUCAUCCACAGCUCCACGCUCCAUUUCAAAGACUUUACUCAUGUAUUUUUUGUCUGUGGUACAAACAAAAUGUAAUGGACUCACAAUCCUGCCACAUUAGGUAGGGGGGAAGGUCAACACAAAUUUGAUUCCAUUUGAUUCUAGCCAAGUAUGGUGGACUUGCCUGCGCAGUUCUUUUUGAAAAUGGCUUCUAUAAUAAAUAUAUAUAAAUGAGUUUCGCUACAGACUGUAAAAUAACUCUUUCUGAAGAGAUCUUUUAAAGGAUGUGCUGCUAUCUUGCCAGAAAAUCCAAAUUUGGUCAAAGGGGAGGAAGCCUGGGUCGAGGUAGUUAGAGGUGCAAGUGACGACCACCACGGCUGACUGUGAUAGGCUGACACACCUGCCAGUCAAAGAAAUAUGACCAAAAACAUUGUUCUGUCAGUUGCCCAAAUCUGUCUCCUUAUACCCUUUAAUCCUUGCAGUUUGGGUCAUUUCCUCUAGUUGGAGGACACCAAACAGGAGUGACACUUUUAGAGUAUGAAUAGCCUUGUUCACAUCUAACCAAACAAAGGAAACAUUGAUAGGUUGCAAAAACAUGUCGGGUGUAAACACACCCUAAAACAUCUCUCCUAAUAUGAGCCCUGUUGCACUAGAUUAGGGUACAUGAAUCUCUCCUACAGUGAUGCAUAUGCAGUAACUACAGUAAACCCAAAUCCCAGAACCCAGACCCUGCUAGUGUUGUUGGUGUUAACACUUCAGUCACAUUUACCACCAGUAAAAGCUCACCAAAGAUGAUGUCAGCAUCUGUCAAACCUUUUCAUUUUUUUAUUUUCUGUGUUGUUUUCCACACAUUCAAAUGUUUCUUUUUAUUACUGUAAUCUGCCUCUACAGACCUUGUGCAUUCAAAUGUAUGUUUGUGAUGAUGUGUGAAGUGGUGUUUUAUGUGUGAUGUUCUACUCUUUCAAACCAAACAAGACAUAAUCCCAAAUCACUUGUUUCUCUAUAGCAAAUGUAAAUUUUAACUUUCAAAUAUGUUUUUAAUUGUCUAAAUUCUUUAUUUUGCUGCAAAAGUCCUCUGGAUGUAAACCUCCGGCCUCAAACACACAUAGGACAUAUUUAACUUAUUUACUUCAAAUGUAGGUUGAGUUCUUUUCUUUAUAUAUUUUGAAUGUGUAUCCUUCUGCUUCUAUUUAAUGGCUGAAAAUAUGUCUUAACCUUGAGCAUGUGCAGACCUGUUCCUGUCUCAGCAUACAUGGCUCCAGGCUUGGCCCCUCACGGUUUUUGGAGGUGUCAGCCAAUGACGUUUCCAUAGGAUAUGCACUUUUUUAAAAGGGAAACAGUUCAUUUUAUUCAUGGAAUUUAAGGUAAGGUAAAAGUGAAUGGAUCAGUGGGAAAAGAAGGUCCACUGUAUGUCGAUCCUUCCGGUCCAUAUGUUGGUGGUUGGUGAGCCUCUACAGUUCUGAUGGGUUCAUGCACUACGUUAUUGAUUUGCCCCAUAAAAUAUAGCAAGACUGUGGGGCCUAAUGCAUGAGCUCUACAUGUAAAGCAUGAAAACUAUAAAUAUAAAAUAUGUAGAAACUGAGUCAAGUCACUGAGCUAGAGAUUUAAUAAAACGCUAUUACAGUGGG